AUGGGGCAUCGCCUUAUCCCCGUGGUGGUCCCCGACGGGGAGCCCUUUGCCCCAGCUCGGCGGUGGUUGAUCAACCUGGCGACGUCGCCGGCGGCCGCGCAGCUCCUGAACCGGGCGCAGAGCGUCACCCCCGGGGCCUCGGGCAUCGCGCAGCAGGCCGUGCUGCUGGGCAACGCCGCCUCGCCCGCCCUCACCGCCAGCCAGGCCCAGAUGUACCUGCGGGCGCAGAUGGUGGCGGGGCCUAGCGAGGCCUACCGGGGCCUUACCGAGCCGCCCGCCGACCGCCUUCAUGCUCAGCCCCAGCCCCUCGCCAGCGUUCCCGGCAUGACCUCGGGCACCGGGAGCUCUGCCUCCACCGUCGCCGGCGCUGCCCCCCACAAUGGUGAGAACAAACCGCCCCAGGCCAUCGUGAAACCCCAAAUCCUCACCCACGUUAUCGAGGGCUUCGUCAUCCAGGAAGGGGCAGAACCGUUCCCGGUGGGGCGCUCCUCCUUGCUGGUGGGGAACCUGAAGAAGAAGUAUGCGCAGGAGCUGCUGGCUGAGAAACUCCCGCAGCAGGACAACACCACCACCACCGACUCCGAAAUGGAGGAACCCUAUUUACAAGAAUCCAAAGAAGAGGGGAACCCCCCCAAACUGAAGUGCGAGCUCUGCGGCCGCGUCGACUUCGCCUACAAAUUCAAGCGCUCCAAGCGCUUCUGCUCCAUGGCUUGCGCCAAGAGGUGA